GAAUUUCGGGAAUCAGCCGGAAAAAAACCGGGAAGGAAUUUGGGGAAUCAGCCGGGAAUCGGCGGGGAAGGAACCGGGAAAGGAUUUUGGGAAUCGGCCGGAAAGGAGCCGGGAUUUUGCCGGGAAGGAGCCGGGGCUUUGACCGGGAAUUGUCGGAGAAGGAAUCUGGGGAACCACCCGUGAAUCCCGGCCUGCCGAAUUCCCGCCGCUGGAAUUUUCCCGGGAUUUGCGGCAGGCCCCGCCGGACGGCGAUGCCGCGCGUGACGCCGCGCUGAGCAUCCCGCGACUCCCCCCUGGAAAACCGGGAAUUCCGGAGCCAGCCCGCCGCAGGAUGCCGAGGAACCGCGCCUUCUCCGAGCCGGAAUUCUCGGCCGAAUACUCCGCCGAUUAUUCCUUGAGUUUCCCGUCCGAUCCCGACGGGAAUCUCCGCCGCUCCCGGGAAUCCCCGGCCCCGCAGGGCUGGGGGGGGCCCUGCCCCUGCCUGCCGCAUUCCCGGCGCUUUUCCUUCUCGCCGGAAUCCCUGGAAAAGCUCUACCAGACUUAUUUCCGCCGCCAGCGCCACGAGACGCUGCUGGUCCUGGUGGUCUUCUCCGCCCUCUUCGACUGCUACAUCCUGGGAAUGUGCGCGGCGUUUUCCCGCAUGGAAAAACUUUUCCCGGCGCUGGCCGCCCUGGCCGGCUUGGUGGCGCACGGCUGCGUUUUCCUGCUGCUGAAAUCCCGGCUGCUCCCGGAGGAUUUUUCCCAGAAAUUCCUGCCCGGCGGGCUGUGGGCGCUGACGGUGGCGCAGCUCUGGGGCUUGCUGGGCUGGGAAUUCCAGAGGAGUUUUCCAGAGGCGGUGGACGCGGCGGGCUGGCAGGCGUUCUUCGCCUUCUCCUGCUUCCUGACGCUGCCGCUGCGCCUGGCGCGGAUCCUGCUGCUGGCGGCCGCCUCCUGCGGCGGGCACGCGCUGGUCCUGGGAAUCCUGGAGCUCCAGAGGGGCCGGGAGAACCGCCUGGAUGCGGGGCAGGUGGCCAGGCAGCUGCUGUCCAACGUGGCGCUGUACGCCUGCGCGGUGGCGGUGGGCGCCAUGUCGUACGUGAUGGCCGACCGGAAGCACCGGAAGGCGUUCCUGGAGGCGCGGCAAUCCCUGGAGGUCAAACUCAACCUGGAGGAGCAGAGCCAGCAGCAGGAGCGGCUGAUGCUGUCCAUCCUGCCCAAGCACGUGGCCGACGAGAUGCUGAAGGACAUGAAGAAGGACCCGAGCCAGAAGGAGCUGCAGCAGUUCAACACCAUGUACAUGUACCGCCACGAGAACGUCAGCAUCCUCUUCGCCGACAUCGUGGGCUUCACGCAGCUCUCGUCGUCCUGCAGCGCCCAGGAGCUCGUCAAGCUCCUCAACGAGCUCUUCGCCCGCUUCGACAAGCUGGCCGCCAAGCACCACCAGCUGCGGAUCAAGAUCCUGGGGGAUUGCUACUACUGCAUCUGCGGGCUGCCGGAAUUCCGGGAGGACCACGCCGUGUGCUCCAUCCGGAUGGGGCUGGCCAUGGUGGAGGCCAUCGCGUAA